AUGAAUAGUUUGACACUUCUUUCAUUAUUCAUUUAUGUAGCUGUUGCUACAUCGGCUACUCUGCCUGAAUUACAUGUUAUCAAGAAAGUAUCAUUUACCCAUCCGUAUAGCUGUCAAUCAAGUCCAUUAAGUUAUGAAGGUUGUGCUCUUUUUCUGACCGAUUAUGGUGUAUCGCUAAAUAUGCCUGAUCUUUUGUAUAAUGGAGCUUGUGGUUCGGAUAAUACCUUUGAUGUGAUGUUAGCUGGUGAUGAUUUCGGUAUGUUAACCGAUUUAGGUGAUGUACCAUUGGAAAAUGUCACGGCGGCAAAAGCCUUCAAUUAUGAAUAUAUGGUUGGUCACGACAACAAAUUCACUGAUACUGUCAAGGUAGUUAGUGGACAUACUUAUGCCGCACUCUUAGCGAAACGUGAGAUUCGAGCAUUGUUCGUUUUUCGUGUUGAAAAUUAUGAACGAAGUGGUCCAGCUUUAAUUUCAUAUGCUGUUAAACAAUAUGGUGUUGUUGAAUCCGUCCAAGAAGCACCGGGUUUUUCUUGGGAUGCACCAAAUUAUUGA